GGCAACUCGUCUUCCAUCUGGACGCUUCUGGACAUUUCUGUACUCCUUCGGCCGCGCCGGAUAUAUCUUCUUCCUUCUCCACCUUUUUCCAAACCUUCUAAUCUUGCUGCACAUAUCUCUCUCCAAGAAAGAAUGUUUGGAGUACUAUUUCCGAACCGAAGCUUCCCCAUGGACAUCUCCACCUUCUCCCAAAUCGAUACUUUCCAUUGGAUCCUCGACGUGAACAACUUCGUGGGGGAGGCGUAUGAUCAAGUCAAGGAAAUGUGCAUUUUCCUUCUCAACGGAUUUUCUCUCCCGCCGGACAAAGCCUUAGCCGUUUACAUCCAGUCACCAGGGUCGCCCUUCCUCUUCUGCGGUGCCGUCACCGUCGCUCGUCCCUCCGCCGUGCUAUCACUCCCGUGGCCCGAGCCGGGCGGCCAGAUGGAGCUCACCGCCUCCGACUCCGCUCCGCUAUCCGCCAAGAUCGGCGUCUCCGUUGAGGACCUUGCCUCCUUACCAUCCCUCGACGUCGUGGCGGAGAAGAAAAUUGAACAUUUGGCUAUGAAAGUUGGGGAAAACUUGUUUAACUUCAUGCAAUCCUUUUGCGGCGUUGAUGGGAGCAAGCUCGUUGUGCCCAUGGAUAUCUUGGACAGAUGGUUUAAGAAGUUCCAGGAGCGGGCCAAGCGCGACCCUGAGUAUUUGAAGGGUUUCGCGUUGUGAGUAUUUUGAGGAAUGCUUGAUGCUGCUUUUAACUAUUUCAUAAAAAAAAUUGAGGUUCAAUUUGUUUGAGUUAUUCAGCUGGGAUAAGGACCAUGCUUCACAUUCUAGAAUUAGAAAAGAAUAUUGAAGACUAUCUAUUCAACCCAGAUCCAUAUUAAAGGUGAAAGCCUCAUGGUUGGAGUGCACAUAAAUGUGUAGUGGACCUGCGAUCGGAUUCUGUUAUCUGGUCAUUGGAGCUUCGACCGUUCUUUUGAAUUCUGACUAGUUUAAAGAAUGAUUUAUUGGACAUUGUUCUUGAUCUACUAUUGAGAUAGUCACUGAAAGGGAUAUUAGCAGCUGAAUAAUGCUUAGCUAGAGGUUUGAAAGUCUGUUGGGCACCAUCCCUUCCACGAUAAAGAUGAGAUUUGAGGUCAUGUUACAUGAUGAGCUUGUGACUUCUUCCAACAGAGGAUAGCACUGACACAUUGGGAGGGAUCGCCGUUUUCCAAAAUGCUACUUGUGUACAAGGAUGGUCUUUGUGGGCUCCAUCCUAUUGGUUCUCAUAGAUUGCUUUCAUGCCAAGGAAUUAGGAAAUUUAUUUUAAUUCAAGACAUUUGCUCAUUUUAGGAAUUUAGUUAUUUUGAGUUUAUUUUUAUAUUUUAAUUACUGUGCUUAUUUUAUAAUUUUAAUUAUUUUUAGGGCUUUUUACUUUCAUAAACUUGAGUGUAUGGCUGUACAGGCUAUUGAAAUGGGAUGAUUAGUUUAAUCUC